GACGAUAUCGAGAGUGUCACAUUCGUCGCGUACUCGUUACCGGCCGCCUUAUCACAAGGAGCUCAGUGGCUACGUGGCCGUUUACCAGACAACAACCAUGGCAGACUACCGCGCAGGAAAAGCUGGCAUCAACGCCGAGGCCCAGGCCCGAAUCAACAGCAAGUAUAACAACGAUAUCGCCCAGGAAACGCUGGAAUGGAUCAAACAGAUCACGGGCGAAAACAUCAAAACGGACGGUGACGCCGACAAUCUCUACGAAGUGUUGAAAGACGGUACGCUUCUCUGCAAACUGGUAAAUGCCUUCCAGGCGGGAACGGUUAAAAAGGUCAACCAGUCCACGAUGGCCUUCAAAUGCAUGGAGAAUAUCAACGCGUUCCUUGAGGCGGUGGUCAAACUGGGAGUGCCCGCUCAAGAAACGUUCCAAACUAUCGAUCUGUGGGAGAAACAAAACCUCUACUCGGUCGUGAUUUGCCUGCAGUCUUUGGGAAGGAAGGCUGGCAACUUCAAUCUGCCGACCCUGGGACCCAAGGAGGCCGAUAAGAACGUCAGGGAAUUCUCGGAGGAGCAGCUGAAAGCCGGCCAGAACGUCAUUUCGCUGCAGUACGGAACGAAUAAGGGUCAGCAGAGCGGGAUCUCGUUCGGUAACAGACGCCAAAUGUAAUUUUUAAGUAAUUUAUUUUAUUUCUAUGA